AUGGCGAUCGCGAACCCACUUCUCAACUUCGUCGUUCGCGGCUUCCAGGCUCUUUUCGGUAUUGUCGUACUCGGAAUAUCGGUCUCACUCAUUCGCGGCCACCACUGGGGUGGUCUCCCCGCUAGUCUGGGCUUCUCAGCCUUUGUUGGUGGCGUCACGAUUCUAGGAGCAGCGCUUGGAGUCGCGGGACUGUUCUUCAGCUUCUUGGAUGGUAUGAUUGGAUUGAUAGUCGACGGCGUUGUUGCUGUCAUCAACGCGGCAGGUGGCAUCGUCAAGGUUCUCGCUCUCAAGAUCUCUGGUGUGGAUUGCGAUGGCGACACAACUAUAAAGAACGCGACCAAGCUCAUUCUCAACGACAUCUUCAAUGGCGGCUGCAGAGCCGAAGACGAGUGCUGGUACUAUUACGCGGAAAACGACCCCAACACCAUGAAAUCGAGGUGCAAGUCGACCCAAGCCGACUGCGUCUUCAUGUUCCUCACCGUCAUUGUCCUCGCCGUGACUGCCUUGCUGGCUUUCUUGCGCAUGAAGAAGGGCUACUAG